AGGACGACGUCGUGUGUUAAUGUAACAUGUGCGUGUCGCGAAUCUUUCCAAUCGCUUCGCCGCUAUCAUGAAAAUCGAUCUCAAGUGGUUGGGCCGGUGCGGUUCCAGGUGAUGCCCUGAGUUAUGCUCCCCAAUUCCGUCACAUCGAAGGGGCUCGUCUUCGUCGUGGCCCUCGUCUUCUGCUUGCUGUUCUUUUACAACGCCAUCGAGGAUAAGCGAGGCGAGAGCGCGUUUGCCUUCAACAUCACCAGGAAUGUUGUUCGAUUGGAGCAGAUCCACAGUCCGCUGCUAAAAUCGCUUCUGAAGACGGGUAGCAGCAGCAGCAGCAGCAACGGUGGCGUUGGUAGGGUGAGGGUGAGCAGCAACAGAUCGGUGGCUGUGGAUUAUAAGAACUCGUCGAGCACGACCACCACCACAACAGCUCUUCUGUACUAUUCGAGCAGCAGUAGUACGGUCAGCAGCACGUCAUCAGUUGAAGCAGCCACCGUCGAAGCUGGAAACGCAACGGACGGAGUGGUGGUGUGCUCGGAGAAUCCGCCGAAUCUGGGCACCUCGGUGAAGGUGUCCAAGUAUCCGGUCCCAUCGAUCUAUCAGCUGGAGCACAGGUUCAGCUGGUUGCAGCCGGGCGGUCAUUGGGCGCCGGACGAUUGCAAGGUUCUGAAGAGGGUGGCGCUGAUCGUACCGUUUCGAUGCAGGGCCGAGCAUCUGCUGCUCUUCCUCCAGCACAUGCAUCCGUUCCUCAGGAAGCAGCAGAUCGAUUACACCAUCUUCAUCGUCGAGCAGGAUGGGAGCGGCCCGUUCAAUCGAGCCUCGCUCAUGAACGUCGGCUUCAAGGAGGCCCUUAAGAUCGCACCGUUCGACUGCUUCAUCUUCCACGACAUCGACCUUCUGCCCGAGGACGAGCGCAAUCUGUACACCUGUCCCGAGUACCCGAGACACAUGAGCGUCGCCAUAGACAGCUUUCAAUACAAAUUGCCUUACACGACUAUUUUCGGCGGCGUCUCGGCCAUCACCCGCGAACACUUCGAGCUUCUCAACGGUUUCUCGAAUUCGUUCUGGGGUUGGGGCGGCGAGGACGACGACAUGGCCAACCGACUGAAGCAUCACAACCUCUUCAUUUCGCGCUACCCCAUCGCCAUAGCCCGCUACACCAUGCUCACGCACAAGAAGGAAAAACCGAAUCCGAACAGGUACGAGACGUUGAAGACCGGCAAAAUCAAAUACGACAGCGACGGCCUUUCGAAUCUGCAGUACGAGGUGAAGAAGAUGAAGCGUAACCUGCUGUACACCUGGUUGCUGGUGGAGAUCGGACCGCGCAGCUGAUGGCGCGAGUUGGUCGACCUCUUGGGCAGAUGACUAAAGGCGAUGCUGUCGUUCCUCGUGCAGCAACGGCAGGAACAACCCAGCGGCGGCCACAAACUCAACAGAAAGCAACAACAACAACAACUACAAUAAUAAUCAUAUACUCGAAUGGCAGCGAAUCUUCUACAAAUUAGAUGAUUUUGUAAACUUCAAUUUGGUCCAGGAAGAGCGUGCACCUUUUGUCUAGUCAGCGCGACUGACCCAAUUCCUAUUUUCGUAUUUUUUUGUUUGUUUUUAACUUAAGAACAAUUAGCAACGCAACAAAACCGAGAACAUUUAUAGAAACGCAUGUGUACUUGGUAGUCUACGCGGACACACCAUUGUCGUUUCACAUUCUCAUCUCGACUGGUAACUGUAGCACAAGAGAUGCAUUUAUUUAGAAAUGGAAGAGUGGUAGUAGUUUAUGGUCAAUGAUAUAAUGACAAGUGAGAGAUGUUUUUGUAUCCGUUUUGAUUUUGUCUAGGUGCCAAACAAGAAUGUGCACAAUUUAUUUAUGUAUCGCUCACUCAAUAUGUUAUACAUCUUUGUUUGUAUAUUUGCAUUUUUCAAAUCGAAAGGGAUAUUUUUUUUUAUUUGUUCAUUAGCGCAGAUUGAUAUAGUUUGUGUCUAUGUACUUACUCUUAGCGAGGUGAUCAAAAUGACACUUUUCAAUUUUGUUUCGUCUAGGAAACUCUGUGAUAUGUGUUUUCUCUUGAAGCGCAACAGAAAGAAGCACAGAUCUGAAGUAAAAUAUGUAUAUGUAAUAUAGUUUAUAAAUCAGGCAAAGUGAUUGAUUUAAUAAUUGAAUUUUUGCAGGAGGCUCGAAUUUUUUUGUUUCGUUUUGUUUAUAUUAACGAUAUUGUUUUGUAAAUAAUUUGUUUCUGAGUUAAGAUGAGCGUGGAUGGAAGAGAGAGAGAGACAGAGAUAUUAAUAAAAGAGAAGA